AUGAUCGAAUCUUCCCUUGGCCCCAUGGCAGGACAUGGUGUUUUCAGAGGUUCCUCUCCACCACGUCUUCUCCGCACAACAUGGGUGCUGGCUUUGUCUUCGGCGUGCCUAUUUGCCAGAAAUUAUGAGCAAGGAUUUACCGGCUGGUCAACUAGCCUUCGACCUUCACCUGUGGAAAGCGUUUCCCGUCAUGUUUCCACAAGGGAAGGGAAGCUCGGACCACGGCCAGAGCCUGACGAAGUGCGCACCGAAAGGCUUCUGAAGGAGAUCACCAACAACACACCUGGUUUGGCAAGAUCAGCUGCUCCACAAAGCGAAGGUGGCGGAGUUCGGCUGCUUUGGGCUCCCGAGCCCCAUGAGCGUGUGGACUUCGCUCUGUGGUUUGGUCCACUACCCUGCUUCCAGGUGGGCACCUUUCGCUACUGCUUCUGUCUUUCGCAGACCGUCGUGCUGACGGGGCUCCUUCUGGCCCUUGCAGUUGUUAUCCUGGGACCGGAGAUUUUGAUGUCGCCGCGAACUUAUGGCUAG